GUGUCUUAGAUUUUCUUUCUUUUUGUCCACUGUCUUGCUUUUCAUGACUAGCAAACAUUUUAGAAUAAUCAAAAUAUAUUCAUCAAUUUCUCUCUCCUCCUUCAAUAUUUAUUUCCACAAACCCUAAUUGAAAAGAACACAAAUUUUUGGAACCCAAAUGGAUUCAAUAAUCCCUGAAUUUGAAGGUCUCAACAACACCCAACAAUUUGGAGUGUCAAAUCUUCAAAAUUUAGGUAUUGGGUCAUCUUCAUCUUCAUCAAACAGCCGCUAUGAGAAUCAAAAACGGCGAGAUUGGAACACAUUUUGCCAAUACCUUAAAAAUCACCGACCGCCAUUAGCUCUUUCAAGGUGUAGUGGAGCUCAUGUUCUUGAAUUCCUUCGCUAUUUGGACCAAUUUGGUAAGACCAAAGUGCAUACUCCGAUCUGCCCUUUCUAUGGCCAUCCUAACCCACCAGCUCCAUGUCCUUGCCCUCUACGCCAAGCUUGGGGUAGCCUUGAUGCCCUUAUUGGCCGCCUUCGAGCUGCCUUUGAAGAGAAUGGUGGGAUGCCUGAAGCUAACCCUUUUGGUGCUCGUGCUGUUAGGCUUUAUCUUCGUGAGGUUCGUGAUUUGCAGUCUAAAGCAAGAGGAAUUAGCUAUGAAAAGAAGAAACGAAAGCGCCCUCAACAACAACGACAACAACAACAGCUCCCUCAACCUUCCAAUGGAGCUUAAAAAAAAAGCAAACUUUAUAAUCAUGGAAGCCAAUUAGAGGUGUUGGUGAGAGCAGCAGUGAACUGUUAGUGGGUACUGCAAAUUUUACUAUCCAACUGAUGGAACGUUUACAAUGUACUUGGGUUUCAACUUUACAAUGCUCAUAUAAAAUCUUACACAUCAUUUCCAGAUUU